GAAAAAUCGAGCCACAACUGUCUUUUCGCCGCUGUUGAUUUUCCCAGUGCGUCUUGACGUACUCGGACGCGGCUGUAUUCUGUCGAACCAUAAACCGCCAACAAGCCCAUAAUUCAAACCAGCUCUACCCGACGCCGAAGCCGCUGCAUGUGUCAAGGAAAGAGAUAAUCCAAAUAUCUCUUUGACCGUAUCGCAUGGGGAUCUAGGCCACGUUUACUCCGGACGUCAACAUGUCGAACACUCGACCCAACUUCAUCGACUUGCGGUCGAACUCGCAAGCAUCCUUAUCUCGCCCUCUCCGUUCCCCUCGCCUUCAUGUCGCCGGCGAGGCACCGCCCGAGCUCUCUCCCCUGGACGCGUUCGCCAUGCAAAGUCGCCUGCUCGCGAAGAAACUCGAGGAAGAGAGCAACAAGGCCGGGCGACGGAUGAGUCGCCUCCCACCUCUUACUACCGAGAGCCCGUUGAUCGUUCAGGGCAGGUCCGAUUAUUUUCGGUCCAUGUCACAGGACUCGGGCUCCGAUUGUGGGGACCCCCCGGCACUACAGAAUACAGGCCUCGGCUUGAGGACCGAGGUGGAGGAUUCACCUGUUAACCGGCCCGUGUCGAUGCACCCUCGAAUGAGCCGCAUUCCGCCAACCCCCGAUGAAUCGAUCCCCCUGCCCCAGAGACCUUCGGGAGAGGCGCUGCGAGGACGUCGAAUGAGAGAUGUCGACCAAGGAGAGACCUUCUUCGGAGCGAGGAGGGAGCUUUCACCGGUACCUUUGGGCCGCACCACAUCUGCAGAAUCCGACACGGGGUCGGGCCCCUUGUCGAGAUCGGCCACACAGGAUUCCCAGCUUUCCCAGGCUUCGCCACGGCACGGCCAUUCUUUAGGAUCGUCACCCGACAAGGCUCUCAAUAAACAGUCCUUCGACUCAGCCGGGCUUUUCCCGCCUCGAUCCCUGUUCCCCAAACGCUCGUCAAGCAUCAUGUCUGCGCCACUCGAGUCCACUGGCGAGGAGGGCGUUAAUUCGAUGAGCACAUCUUUCUACUCUCAGCAAGCCGGCAAGCUAUCAAGUAGCCCCGGGAUGAUGUCGCCAGGGCUUGGCCACUUCCAGAGGUCUCCUUCAAUCAGCUCCGAGGCGUCGGGGUUUCCUCGACCAUCCUUCAACUUCUCAAGGCCUUUGACCCGGUCGGGCACGCCGGGCCUAGAGUCACCAGCACGCCAAGCCUCUUCUGAUAGCCAGGCUUCUUUUGUCUUCGCUGACGAUUCGGCGAAUACCCCGGUCAGCAUGAGUAGCGAAGGAUUCCCGGAUACUCUGCCUGAGGAUGGCAGGGCUGCGGCACCUUCAUACAUAUACUCCAAGUUCUCUCUUCCGCGAGGCAAGUCUCUCCAGCGAUUGUCACCUUCGUUCUCGGAGAACCAAGUCGCCGCAUAUCAUUGGGAACAGCCGCCCAUUGUGCCUCCCAGCAACGUCCAAACUUUCCCUAUAGGGGGCCAACCUCCGCCAUCACCGCCGACGAGACCUUCGAGCUCUGCCGGACCGAGAUUCUUCGAAGAACCCAUUCCGCGGCCGUCGAUGGAGCGCAGCAAGUUGAGCAUCGAAGUCGUCCGUUCCGGCCAACAGCCCUCCCCAGAUCCUAGUCGGCCGUCGACAGAAGGCGGCCGUGCUUCAGAAGAUGUUCCGAGAGGUCGCCCAUUGACCUCGCCUCUUCACGAUGCCGCGAGAGGGAAAACGCCUAUGUCUACUAGUACUAGUGAUUCCGCUAGCACGAUAAAGGCUACUCGCUCCCAGUUUUCGCAGGCGGCGUCGUCCGUGUCUGAAAUGACGGGAGAAGAGCAUGUGGCGAAGGCCAUCGCGCUGCAUGAGAGCGGUUCCCUCAACGAGUCGACAUAUCAUCUUCGGCAUGCUGCUAAGAAGGGUCACCCGACAGGCAUGCUUCUGUAUGCCCUGGCAUGCCGGCACGGCUGGGGAAUGCGACCCAACCAGCGAGAGGGAGUUGAAUGGCUCCGGAAAGCGGCAGAGUCGGCAAGCGUAGAGAUCGCCGAUGACGAGGGCCAAGUAAAAGAAGGCAAGACAGUCGAUUUCGUGGAACGCAAGACGCGUAAGGCUCAGUUCGCGCUGAGCAUCUACGAACUGGGCGUCAGCCACAUGAACGGAUGGGGUAUCGAGCAGGACAAGGCGUUGGCUUUGCGAUGCUUUGAGAUCGCCGGAUCUUGGGGCGACGUGGAUGCCCUCGCCGAAGCAGGCUUCUGCUACGCUCAGGGUAUCGGCUGCAAGAAGAAUUUGAAAAAGAGCGCAGGUUUCUAUCGUCAAGCUGAGGCGAAGGGGAUGAGCAUGGUCGGAAAUAGCUGGAUUCACAAGUCCAAGUACAAUGACGAGGACAGCCAGUCUUCCAAGUUGGCGAAGAAAUCGCGGUCCAAAUCGAGGUCGCGAAAGAACAUGUUCGGCCUCAAAAGUUCAUCCUAGAAGAGCGCCGCCGCACACGUCCAAUGACUCCAUAUGCUCCAGCGCACCAUAUUCUGACGAUAAUGACGAUCAUCACCGAUCAUACUCAUCCAUGUAUAGGAGUUUAAUGGGGAUGGGACUUUUGCA